AUGAUCCCGCGAAACAUCAAGCUCGCGGACCCCGCCUUUCACAGUCCAGCUCCAGUCGACCUUCUACUUGGUGCUGGAGUGGCCCUCUCGCUAUUAAGUGUCGGCCAGGUAAAUCUAUCAUCCCCCGCGGGUCCAGACUUGUAUCUGCAGAAGACGAGACUGGGCUGGGUCAUCGGAGGAAGCGCACCAUCUGAGCGCCCAGUCCGUGGCUCUUCAUGCCACACAUCCGCCACUCUUCAAUUUGAUCUCGCCCGUUUCUGGGAAAUUGAAGAAGGACCUCAAGCCUCACAUCUGUCCGACGCAGACAGUAUGUGCGAGGCACAUUUCAAAGAAAACACCAUUCGCACCACCGACGGCAGAUAUGUGGUAGCUCUCCCUUUCAACCAACAGCAAAACCAAUUGGGGGAAUCCAAAUCAGGAGCCCUCAAGAGAUUUUUAUCUCUCGAACGGAAACUACAACGAGACCCGAGUCUGAAACAUGCCUAUCAUGCGGUCAUCCAAGAAUAUCUCGAUCUCGGGCACAUGUCGAAAAUUCCGAAUGAUCAGCUUUUAACACACAAUUGUUAUUAUUUGCCCCACCACGGAGUCACAAAAUUUACAAGUCAGACAACAAAAUUAAGAGUAGUAUUCGACGCAUCAGCAACCACAACUGCAGGAAUUUCUCUCAACGAUACAUUGUACACCGGUCCAAAAAUCCAAGAUGAUCUUCUAUACAUCCUGUUACGUUUUCGGAUACACCGCUAUGUGCUCACAGGCGACAUCGAAAAAAUGUAUCGACAAUUCUUCGUUCGUCAAGAAGACCGAAAAUACCAGCGCAUUCUUUGGCGUGACUCGUCCGGGAAAAUCAACACCUACCAAUUGAACACAGUCACAUUCGGAUUGUCUGCUGCUCCCUAUCUCGCCAUUCGUUGUCUGACUCAGCUCGCCCGUGACGAAGGCCACCGAUUUCCGCUCGCAUCAAAAAUUCUUACUUGCGACUUUUAUGUGGAUGAUGCACUUACUGGAGCAUCGACAGUACAAGAAACUCUCCACAUAAGAGACGAGCUCACACAGGUCCUAAAAUCUGCAGGGUUACACGUCCGACAGUGGGCAUCAAAUGACAGAUCUCUACUGCAGGGCUUGUCAACCCAGGCCAUCAACAAGCAACUCCAUCUCGGGGAAUCAGACACAUUCAAAACUCUCGGGAUCGUCUGGAACUCUUCAGACGACUCCAUCGCGUAUUCGGUUAAAACCCUGUCCUCCACGCAUCACGUUACCAAACGAUCUAUUAGUUCGGAAACAGCUCGAAUCUACGAUCCAUUAGGCCUCCUGGCGCCCGUUAUCAUCACGGCCAAGAUCAUGCUUCAGAAGAUUUGGACCAUGAAGAUCGAUUGGGAUGAAUCCCUACCUAUGUCCAUUCACACCGAAUGGAUGCAAUAUUAUAGACAGUUACCUGUGCUGAACAAUAUAACUUUCAAUAGAAAGACCGUUAUCGACUCCGCGAUCAAGACCGAACUACAUGGAUUCUGCGAUGCCAGCGAGAGGGCCUAUGGUGCUUGCCUCUACCUCCGGUCAGUCGACGCCAAUGGAAAUGUCCGAACGAACAUCCUCAUCGCAAAAUCCAAAGUAGCUCCAUUGAAAACACAAACCAUCCCACGUCUCGAACUCUGCGGAGCCCUUCUUUUAUCUUCUCUAGCAACAACGGUGCAACGAGCAUUACACAUAACUGUCGAUCGCACCAUCUUCUGGACCGAUUCCACAAUUGUCCUUCACUGGUUGGAAUCCUCUCCCCAUCUGUUGAAAACCUUUGUCGCGAAUAGGGUGUCAGAAAUACAAAAUAAAACCAACAUCGCGAACUGGCGACAUGUCCCUACGAACGACAAUCCAGCUGAUCUCAUAUCCCGAGGCCAGUCUCCAGAGGAAUUCCUCCGCCCAUCCAUUUGGACGUAUGGACCAGAAUGGCUUUGCAAAGACGAAACUCAUUGGCCAACGUGGGAGAUGACCAUCCCGAGCGUUCUUCCCGAGCAGAAGGCCAUCUUGUGUCUGACCACUACUCAUGUGGAUAUCCCUAUCCUAGAAAGAUACUCGUCAUGGGAAAAAAUGCGUCGGAUCACCGCCCGCUGUCUCCGAUGGAGGCGGAUCAGCACCACGAAGGGCCCUCUUACAUCAACAGAGAUCAAUUACGUACACAAUGUCAUCAUCAAACUCAUCCAACGGUUACAUUUUACCAAGGAACUUCAACAAAUCAGGAACAAUCGAACCCACACAAUUAAAGGCAAGCUUCAACGUCUAAGCCCGUUCGUGGAUCAAAAUGGAAUAUUACGGGUCGGCGGUCGAUUAAAGCAUUCUCCAAUGCCAUUCCAUCAGAAACACCCGAUCAUACUGCCCAAAACAAAUACAACCAGACUAAUAAUCGAAAGCGAGCAUCGCGCUCAACUGCAUGCAGGCGUGCAAGCCACUCUGUAUGCAGUUAGAAUAAAAUAUUGGCCCAUAGACGGUAGAAGCCAGGUAUGGCAAACACUGAAACAUUGUGCACGCUGCUGUCGAGCUCACCCACCUCCUGUGGAGUACAUCAUGGGUGACCUACCGAAGGCGAGAGUCACAGAAACCCGUCCAUUUACGAACACCGGGGUCGAUUACUGUGGACCGUUCUUUAUCAAGGAAAGAAAUCAUCGAAAUCGCAAGCGUGUGAAGGUCUAUGUGGCUGUUUUUGUUUGCCUCGCAACUCAAGGCAGUACAUCUGGAAGUUAUCCUAAUGACCUCCUCGUCCUCACCCCCGGCCAUUUCCUGAUCGGCGAUUCAUUAACCUGUGUGCGUGAGCGAGAUUUCAGGGACACCUCAACCAACCGCCUCUCCAGCUGGCAACAAAUACAGAAGGUUAAGCAGCACUUCUGGACUAGAUGGCAUCGCGAAUACCUCAACGAGCUGACCACCCGAAGCAAAUGGACCAGCUCCUCACCUACCAUCAAGAAGGGCACCAUCGUCCUCCUGAGAGAAGACAAUGUAUCCUCGAUGCAAUGGCCUCUCGGCAGAGUGGUCAAGGUCCAUCCAGGCGCCGACGGCAUAGUUCGCGUGGCCACGGUGAAGACUGCCACCACCGUUCUCGAGCGGAACGUUCGGAAAUUGGUACCGCUGCCCAUGCAAGUAGAUAAGGACGACAACAGUGAGCAACCAUCCGCCAGCGAGCAUCCAUCCGCCAGCGAGCAGACAUCAUGCAACCAGUAG